AUGGGUGUAGACAAAUCCACUAUCUCCUGGAUUACUGCCUUCCUGACAGAUAGACCCCAGUUUGUACGGCUGGGUAGUUCUCUGUCUGAGGUGGUAGUGAAUGGCACUGGAGCACCACAGGGACUGUCCAGUCUCUGUUUCUGUUCACACUGCACACCUCGGACUUUCAGUGCAUAUCUGAGUCUUGCCAUUUGCCACUUUGCGGUGGCUGGGUGUAUCAGAGAUGAGCAGGAGUCAGAGUACAGAGAAAAUGAAUUACAAGGAAUGAAAUAUCACAGUGAUGGUGAGGAAAUCCAGAACGUGGAGGUAAUUGAAAUGCUGAGUGUAUGUGUACAGUUCUUCAAUGACAGGAGAGUGGAAGACUUUGACUGUUCAACGUGUUCACCAAGAGGAGCAAACAUCAUCUUCUACGAGGACAGAAACUUCCAUGGUCGGCACUAUGCGUGCAGCACCGACUGUGCCGACCUCUCCCCUUACUUCAGCCGCUGUAACUCCAUCCGUGUUGAGAGUGACUGGUGGGUGGUGUACGAGAGACCCAACUACAUGGGAUACCAGUAUGUCCUGAGAAGGGGAGAGUAUCCUGACUACCAGCGCUGGAUGGGAUUCAAUGACUGUGUCAGGUCCUGUCGCAGUUACCCAUAUUACCGAGGUGGAAACUACAGGAUGAGGAUUUACGAGAGGCCUGACUUUGAGGGGCAGAUGAUGGAAUUCAUGGAAGACUGUCCCUCUGUCUACGAUCGUUUCCGUUACCGUGACGUCCACUCCUGUCAGGUGAAGGAUGGUUACUGGAUCUUCUAUGAACAUCCCAACUACAGAGGCCGACAGUACUUCCUGAGACCUGGGGAAUACAAGAAAUACAGUGACUGGGGUGGCUACAACUCAAUGAUCGGGUCCUUCAGGCGCAUGAGGAACUUCUAA